GCGGGCAGUGGAAACAGGGUCUUCGUGAGGUCAACGGCGCAGCUCAUAUUUGAUGCGUGAUAGUGAAAAUCCACCUUUAUGAUACCUUUCGAUAAGCUUGUUCUUGAGGUGCACGUAAUAUAACCGAUUCCUAACAAAAAUCUGUUAAUAUCGCCGUCUCGCAACAGAAAGCAACUGAUACGGCACGCCCACGCCCACCCCCCAGGAAGGCAACAACCCCCCGGAAAAAGGACAGUCAAACGCAGAACCAUGGCCGACGGCGAGCAGAAGCCUAUCCCGCAGUCAGAGGCCAUCGAGGGCUCGGGGGAGCUCUCGGAGAAGGCCAAGUCCAAAUGGGGCACCAAGGACAAGCUGAUGAAGGACCUGACGGCCAAGCUCGAGGAGUCCAAGGACGCGGAGGUGCAGGCGACCCAGCUGCGCGAGCAAGCCGAGAAGCUCGCCGAGGAGAAUCCCGAGGAGGCCGAGAAGCUGCGGGCGCAGGCCGGUGAGCUGGAGCAGAAGGCGAAGAAGCUGAUCAAGCAGGCGUCGCGGCUGCAAAAUGGUGCGUUUCAGGGUGGUGCGGCGGGCGCAGGUAUCGGCGCGGGCGUCGCUGGUGGUCUGGGGACGGUGAUAGGAAGCAUCGUGGGCGGCGUAGCGGCGAUACCAACGACGGGGCUUGGCAUCCUGAUCGGUGCCGGUACGGGAGCGAUUCACGGACCGUGGGUCAAACUAGUGCAGGAUACCGUGAAAGAGGAAGAGGAAAAAGGAGAAGGAGAAGGAGAGGAAAGUGGUAGUGAUUCGGAAAAGUGAUUCAUAGUUGGCAAGGCGCCUAUUCGUUGGAUUCCACGGUGGCAUGUUGACAGGUACAUAUUAUGCAUAGCGAGAGAAUAUGAGUUU